UCUUCCCUGCUCACCCCCUAGAUUCUAAGGCUCAGCCUUCUCCGCGCCCAUCAUCUCGGGGGUCGGGGCUGUAGGGGACCCCUGCAGUCCCCAGAGCUGAGGCCAGCAGCGAUAGAGACUAUGAGGCGAGCAGCCCACCGACCCAGGCCUCCUUAGGAUCAGCCGGGUGCCCAGCACGCUAUCCAGCCAGCAAGCAACAGCGGAGAGAGGAGCGGGAGAUAAAGGACCACAACGGACCUUUGGGGAUCACCCCCAGCAGCCUGCGGACCCUAAGCCGGCUGAGGGGUCGUGAUGGAUGGCCAGACUCACAGACGCUGACGGACACACAAUGACACGGAUGCACACAGCUGCACAACACUGAGAGGCUCGGAUACCAGCAGUGACAGCAUCACAUACUGCCACAGCCCUGCAAUACAGACACCCACACACACAGAAACAGCUGGUAACUCCGAAACAGGCGCAGACAGUGACACACAGAACCGCUGCCCUCCAACACACACAAGUGGGGAUACCACCCUCCAAACGCGCACACAAGGCAGCGCUGACCUGAACGGACAGACCUGGAGACACGCACACCCAGGCUCUGCUGUCGGCGGCUUCUGCACACCCUCCCAGCCCUCACGGGGCACCCUGGCACAUACACAGCCACAGACAGACAUAGCUCACAUACCCCCGGCUCUAGCUCUGGCCAUCCCGACUCCCACAGCCUCCUUCGUGGGUGAGGAAGAACUCGGCCAACCUCGGAUGGAGCCCCGGUAAAGCCAAGAGCUCAGAGAGGAAAGGGUUUGGUCUGGCAUGACCCUUGCCAGCCCUUCCACUUGGCUGGGUGAUGUCCCCCAGCCCGAGUCCUGGGGCCCCUUGGCAGUACCAUGGAGCAACUGACACCCCUCCUACGGCUGGGGGACCCCAGAGCUAUGGAGCCAUGGGCACAGCCUGCCUGGCAGAGCUGGAUUCCAGGACAGGAGGGCGAACCUGGAGGUGCAGCCCCAAGCACUGCCGAUACUCCGGCAGCUCUGCAGGUUGGAGAACGGAGGCCUUUGGAGAGCUCUGAGUCCAAGGGAGCCUGGAGCCCUGGGCCUGUGGGGGACAUUGACCCUGAAGGAACAGAAACGGGGCUGCCCAGCUUGGGGCAGCAAGCAGCGAGCUCCGGACCCAGCUGCCCAAGGCUGGAGGACCAGGAGGUGGGGGCUUUCCAUGAGGGCAAGCUGGGCAUGGGCUUCGGGGACAGGCCCAGCCUGGAGCUGCUGAGGGCCCUGAGGGAGCUGCGGCAGCACUGUGCCAUCCUCAAGGAGGAAAACCAGAGGCUGAGGAGGAGCAGCUUUCCAGAGACGGAGGAGAAGGUGCGGAGGCUGAAGCGAAAGAACGCCGAGCUGGCGGUCAUUGCCAAGCGCCUGGAGGAGAGGGCCCGGAAGCUGCAGGAGACUAACCUGAAGGUGGUGAGUGCCCCUGUGCCCCGUCCAGGGCCCAGUUUGGAGCUGUGCCGAAAGGCCCUGGCCCGCCAGCGAACCCGGGACCUCAGUGAGACAGCCAGCGCCCUGCUGGCCAAGGACAAGCAGAUUGCUGCUUUGCAGCGGGAGUGCAGGGAGCUGCAGGCCAGGCUCACCCUGGCGGGCAAGGAGGGCCCCCAGUGGCUCCACUUGAGAGACUUCGACCGACUGCUUCGCGAGUCCCAGCGGGAGGUGCUGCGGCUGCAGAGGUUGCCCUGGCAGCCGCCCGGGGCUGAGUCUGCGCGCCGCCUCCCGCCGCCGCUGUUGCGCGGGGACGCCCCCUUCAGCGCCCGCCUGGUCCGCCAGGCCCGCCCCCGUUACUCGGGGCAGCGUCCGCCCCGGCUCCAGCUCUGGGAACACCAUAUCCCCGGGGACCCAGGUGGGAACCUCCCACAGACAGGCUGGGCUGGGAGCAGGCUGCCUUGGGGCCCUGUUCUCAGGUGCCAGUCCCCUGCCCCUGGGCAUUUCCAGGCUACUCCCCAGGAGGAUGUGGAAACCCCACCCGUGGUCCUAGGGGAGCCAGAGAAACAGCAGAGGGUGCAGCAGCUGGAGUCAGAGCUUAGCAAGAAGCGGAAGAAAUGCCAGAGCCUGGAGCUGGAAGCCCGAAAAAAGCAGAGGCGAUGUGAGGAGCUGGAAUUGCAGCUGAGAGAAGCCCAGAAUGAGAAUGCCCGCCUCGUGGAUGAGAACUCCCGGCUCAGUGGGAGAGCCACGGAGAAGGACCAGGUGGAGUGGGAGAAUGCAGAGCUGAGGGACCAGCUCCUGGGUGUGACACAGGAGAGGGACUUGGCCCUUCGCAAGAGCCAGGGCCUGCAGAGCAAGCUGGAGAGCCUGGAGCAGGUGCUGAAGCACAUGCGGGAGGUGGCCCAGCGGCGGCAGCAGCUGGAGUUGGAGCAUGAGCAGGCUCAGCUCAGCCUUCAGGAGAAGCAGGAGGAGGUCCGGAGGCUGCAGCAGGCCCAGGCAGAAGCUAAGAGGGAACAUGAAGGGGCCGUGCAGCUGCUGGAGUCUACCCUGGAUUCCAUGCAGGUCCGGGUUCGAGAGCUCGAGGAGCAGUGCCGCAGCCAAACAGAACGCUUCAGCCUCUUGGCACAGGAACUCCAGGCCUUCCGCCUGCACCCUGGCCCCUUGGAUCUGCUCACCUCAGCCCUGGGCUGCAGUACCCUUGGGGAUCGCCCACCACCCCCCUGCUGCUGCUCCAACCCCCAGCCCUGCCGGGGAUCCGGCCCCAAAGACUCUGACCUCCCGCCGGGCUCCCCAGGACGCUGCACCCCAAAGUCUUCUGAGCCUGCCCCUGCCCCCCUUCCCGGGGUCCCUCGAAGGACAGCCAAGAAGGCAGAGUCUCUCUCCAACUCCUCUCACUCUGAGUCCAUCCACAACAGCCCAAAGUCAUGCCCUACGCCUGAGGUGGACACAGCUAGUGAGGUAGAGGAGCUGGAGGCAGACACCGUCUCCCUGCUCCCAGCAGCACCAGAGGGCAGCCGGGGAGGAGCCAGGAUCCAGGUCUUCCUAGCACGCUAUAGCUACAACCCCUUCGAGGGCCCCAAUGAGAAUCCAGAGGCAGAACUUCCGCUUACUGCUGGCGAGUAUAUCUACAUCUAUGGCAACAUGGAUGAGGAUGGCUUUUUUGAAGGGGAGCUCAUGGAUGGCCGAAGGGGCCUGGUUCCUUCCAAUUUCGUAGAGCGCGUGUCGGACGAUGACCUCCUGACCUCCCUCGCUUCGGAGCUGGCCGAUUUGUCCCACAGUUCAGGCCCUGAACUGAGUUUCCUGAGCGGUGGUGGAGGUGGCAGCAGUAGCGGGGACCAGAGUGUCGGGGGACGCAGCCAGCCCAGAUCAGAGGAGGAGGCUGCAGGGGAUGAACUCAGUCUGAGCCCCUCACCCGAAGGCCUGGGCGAGCCCCAUGCUGUGCCUUACCCCCGCCAUCUGGCCGUCCUCAAGCAGCUGGCCCACAGCGUGGUGCUGGCCUGGGAGCCGCCUCCUGAGCGAGUGGAGCUGCAUGGCUACCAGAUCUGCGUGAAUGGGGAGCUGCGUCAGGCCCUGGGACCUGGGGCGCCCCCCAAGGCUGUGCUUGAAAACCUGGACCUGCGGGCGGGGCCGCUCCGUGUUUCUGUGCAGGCCCUGACCAGCCGGGGCAGCUCUGACCCUCUGCGCUGUUGCUUGGCCAUGGGUGCCAGGGCCGGGGUGGUACCUACCCAGCUACGCGUCCAUCGACUGACAGCCACUUCUGCUGAGAUCACCUGGGUGCCCGGCAAUAGCAACUUGGCUCAUGCCAUCUACCUCAACGGGGAAGAAUGCCCCCCUGCCCGCCCCAGCACCUACUGGACCACCUUCUGCAACCUGCGGCCUGGCACACUCUAUCAGGCCCACGUGGAGGCUCAGCUCCUACCUGGCGGAUCCUGGGAACCAGGCUGGGAGAGGCCGGAGCAGCGGACUGCCACCCUGCAGUUCACAACACUCCCAGCAGGCCCUCCCGAUGCCCCCCUGGAUGUGCAGAUUGAGCCCGGGCCCUCUCCUGGAAUCUUGAUCAUCAGCUGGCUCCCCGUAACCAUAGAUGCUGCUGGGACCUCCAAUGGCGUCCGCGUCACAGGCUAUGCCAUUUAUGCGGAUGGGCAGAAGAUCAUGGAGGUGGCCUCACCCACAGCGGGCAGCGUGCUGGUGGAGUUGUCCCAGCUGCAGCUGCUGCAGGUGUGCAGUGAGGUGGCCGUGCGCACCAUGUCUCCCCAUGGCGAGUCGGCCGACUCCCUCCCAGCUCCCGUGGGCCCGGCCCUGGCUGCGGCCUGCCUGCCGGCCAGGGUCUCCUGCCCCUCACCACGGCCAGGCUCAGAGGCCAGGCCGCCCCUUGCUCCAGCCUCUCCAGUUCCCGGAGACCCCAGCUCUCCCCUCCGAUGCCCCGAGCCCCAUGGAACUAGAGAGCCCCAUGGAGUUCCUGCAGCAAGCCAUCCCAGAGAGACAAGAGGAUCCCAAGAGGAGCCCACAGCACCUUGCUCCCAGGAGGAGGCCGGGGCAGCUGUGCUGGGCACCUCGGAUGACAGGAGGGCCAGAGAGCCAGCCGUGGGGGAGGGAGCCCCUGGCCCUGCAGCUUCCUCACUGGCCCAGGACGAGGCUGAGGGGACCGCGGGAGAGGCCUGCCUGGCACCCUGCGCCACGGAGGGGGCACCGGCCCUGAAGGUGCCCUGUGCUGAGGCCAGCCUUGGAGGAGACACAGGGGCUGGGCUGAGGCCCAGGGCUGAGAAGGAGGACAUGGCAGAGCUUGGGGUGCGUCUGGUGAACUCCCUUGGGGACCAUGGCCGAAACUCAGAUCUGUCAGACAUCCAAGAGGAGGAGGAAGAAGAGGAGGAAGAGGCGCUGGGUUCCAGGGCUUGCUCUUUCCAGAAGCAGGUUGCUGGCAUCAGUGUCAGGGAGAAUGGGCCCAAGGUAAUGGGGUGAGGAGAGGCUGAGCCCUUCUCUGAGACUGACAGUGACGAGGAGAUCUUGGAGCAGAUCCUGGAGCUGCCCCUCCAGCAGUUCUGCAGCAAGAAGCUUUUUAGCAUUCCGGAGGAGGAUGAGGAGGAGGAGGAGGAGGAAGAGGAGGAGGAAGCGCCUAGGGCACGCUCUUCUUCCCGGGACCGCAGCCCGCGGGAGCCUGCAUUGCUGGAGCUGGGCAGUGACAGCAGUCAUCCUCAAAGACCUGGACCAUGUCCCUUGUCUCCUGAGCCCUGCAGUGCCGGGGACCACCUGGAGGACAUGGCAGGACUAGUUGGUGGAAGCAGCUGGGCAAGAGGAAGUGGCUCGACCGAGAAGCCCCCAAACCGCAAGCGGUCCCCAGAUCCCCGCGAACACUGCAGCCGCCUCCUCAGCAACGGCGGGACCCAGGCUGCUGGACAGUCUAUCCUGACCAGCUGCCUCUCCCCCAAGUGCUUGGAAAUCAGCAUCGAAUAUGAUUCUGAGGAUGAGCAGGAGGCAGGCGGCGGGGGUGUCAGCAUCACCACCAGCUCCUGCCACCUCAGAGACGGGGAGGCCUGGGGCACGGUGCCCAUAGGAAGGUCCAGGGGAGCUCGGAAGGCCAAUUCAGGCCCCAGCCCCUACCCACGCCUCCCGGCCUGGGAGAGAGGGGAGCCAGAGCGGAGAGGCUGCGGUGCAACUGGCAGAGCCAAGGAGCCAGCCUCCCGGGCAACGGAGAUUGGAGAGCCCAGAGGGCAGGACAGGUCUGGGCAGAGGGGCCCCCUUCGGAGAGGGACCCGAGCCCCCAGGCCAGACGCCGCCACCGAGCUGGCCCCUCCGAGGAGCCGCCCAGAAGAAGUGCUGGCUCACCAGGACCUACCUGUCAGGGUCUUUGUGGCUCUGUUUGACUACGACCCUGUGUCAAUGUCACCCAACCCCGAUGCUGGGGAAGAGGAGCUCCCCUUCCGGGAAGGCCAGAUCCUGAAGGUGUUUGGGGACAAGGAUGCUGAUGGCUUCUACCGGGGCGAAGGUGGAGGCCGGAUGGGCUACAUCCCCUGCAACAUGGUGGCUGAGGUGGCCGUGGACACUCCCGCAGGGAGACAGCAGCUGUUUCAGCAGGGUUAUCUGUCCCCGCAGGGUCUCGUUGAGGGCUCAGCCCGAACAACUGGGCCUCCCCCCAAGCCCCGCCGCUCCAAGAAAGCUGAGUCAGAAGGUCCUGCGCAGCAUGGUGCAGGCCCCCCGCAGCUGGUCUCCUCUGCCAGCCUGAGAGCCCCCCGCUCCAUGGUGGCUGCGUUUGACUACAACCCUCGGGAGAGCUCCCCCAACAUGGAUGUGGAGGCAGAGCUGCCCUUCCGAGCAGGGGACAUCAUUACUGUGUUCGGGGGCAUGGACGAUGAUGGCUUCUACUAUGGGGAACUAAAUGGACAGAGGGGCCUGGUUCCGUCCAAUUUCUUGGAGGGCCCUGGGCCUGAGGCGGGCAGCUCCCACAGGGAGCCUGGGACACCCCCGGCCGAGAGUCAGAGAACGAGGAAGAGAAGAGUCCAGUGCUAGAUGGAGAUAGAUAUAUGUAGAGAAAGCAACAUGACUGGGCUGGCUCAACACAAGUGCCCCGGGGGCCUCCAGGUGGGCCCUGUGCUCCUGGCCCUGGCAGCCUUCCCAGGAUUGAACUGGG